UGAAAUAGGCAGACUUGAAGUCGCCUCCUGGGCCCCACCCACAUCCCCGGCGUGAAUAAAGGAAAUUUUUUAUGAAAACCCUUUCCACCGUCUCUACACUGACACGCAGAAAAUGGAGUUUCAGCAAUGGUGGAGAAUGAGGUUCUCCUUCAGGAACGCAACAAUACUCGUGUGUUUCUUUAACGUAGUUGUUGCCCUUUUCUUGAUUCAAGGCUUCAUCGCUUCCACCUACACCCGAAAUAAACUCUCCCGCACACACUCCGAUUCAGAUCAACUAGGUUAUAUCAAGCAAUCUGAAGAGGUUCGUCUUGCCAUGCUACCAUUGGAGCUGAUAAAAAGAGUGAAGGAGAUUGAGCAAGAAACAUACACGGGACUGGAAAAAGUCCAGCAGAAAGACACUAAGCAGACUGCUGCAGUUGAUCUUUCAAAAAGGUUGAAGGAUUUUCGUUCCCUUAAUGAUGCUGCCAGCUUGAAAGCUCUGGAAGAAUGGCGGAAGCGGAAGAUGGAGAGAGCCAGACAAAGACAACUGGAGAAAAACGGAGCAGCCUCCUCCUAAGCUUGAUGUGUGAUGGAACAUUGCUCAGCUAGCCCAGUUUUGGACUGAGCUGUUUCCUUUUUCAAUGGUUCGCUUCAUUUCAGGUGUAUUAUAUAAUGGCUGCAGAUGUAAAUUAGUGUGUAAUGCAUACGAAUAAACACUAUAAUCCCAGUGAAAACAUCAUUUUCUGGCCCUCUUCAUUUACUAAAAGAAAAAGUAACUUCACUCCGGCAUUGAGAUUAUUGUAAGUUAGUAACUUUCGCUCAAGACCAUAAUGUUAGUUUCAAGACAAAAUUACCGAGUUUUAUUAUUAUUUGC